AUGGCUCGGGGUGGGGCGGGGGCAGAGGAGGCCUCCCUCCGCUCAAACGCGUUGUCCUGGCUGGCCUGCGGGCUCCUGGCACUGCUGGCCAACGCCUGGAUCAUCCUCAGCAUCUCGGCCAAGCAGCAGAAGCACAAGCCGCUGGAGCUGCUGCUCUGCUUCCUGGCAGGCACGCACAUCCUCAUGGCGGCCGUGCCCCUCACCACCUUCGCUGUGGUGCAGCUCCGGCGCCAGGCCUCCUCCGACUAUGACUGGAACGAAAGCAUCUGCAAGGUCUUUGUGUCCACCUACUACACGCUGGCCCUGGCCACCUGCUUCACCGUCGCCUCGCUCUCCUACCACCGCAUGUGGAUGGUGCGCUGGCCCGUCAACUACCGCCUCAGCAACGCCAAGAAGCAGGCGCUGCACGCCGUCGUGGGCAUCUGGAUGGUCAGCUUCAUCCUCUCCACGCUGCCCUCCAUCGGCUGGCACAACAACGGCGAGCGCUACUACGCCCGCGGCUGCCAGUUCAUCGUCUCCAAGAUUGGCCUCGGCUUUGGCGUCUGCUUCAGCCUCUUGCUACUUGGGGGCAUCGUCAUGGGGCUGGUCUGUGUGGCCAUCACCUUCUACCAGACGCUGUGGGCCCGGCCCCGGAGGGCUCAACAGGCCCGGAGAGCGGGGGCUGGGGGCGGGGCCAAGGGGGGUGGGCCAGGGGGGUUGGGCACCCGGCCAGCCUUUGAGGUGCCGGCCAUUGUGGUGGAGGAUGCCCGAGGGAAGCGGCGGUCCUCGCUGGAUGGGUCCGAGUCGGCCAAGACAUCCCUGCAGGUCACCAACUUGGUCAGCGCCAUCGUCUUUCUCUAUGACUCACUCACAGGGGUGCCCAUCUUGGUGGUGAGCUUCUUCUCCCUGAAGUCGGACUCGGCUCCCCCCUGGAUGGUGCUGGCCGUGCUGUGGUGCUCCAUGGCACAGACGCUGCUGCUGCCUUCCUUCAUCUGGUCCUGCGAGCGCUACCGCGCCGACGUGCGCACGGUGUGGGAGCAGUGCGUGGCUAUCAUGUCCGAGGAGGAUGGCGACGACGAUGGGGGCUGCGAUGAUUAUGCAGAUGGCCGAGUGUGCAAAGUUCGCUUUGAUGCCAAUGGGGCCACAGGACCAGGGGGUAGGGACCCUACCCAAGUGAAGCUGCUGCCUGGAAGGCACAUGCUCUUUCCCCCUCUUGAGAGGGUCCACUACUUACAGGUCCCUCUGUCCCGCCGUCUGUCCCACGAUGAGAUCAACAUCUUCUCUACUCCUCGGGCACCUGGCUCUUUCCUGCACAAGUGGUCAUCCUCUGAUGACAUCCGGGUCCUCCCAGCCCAGAGCCGGGCCCUAGGGGGCCCUCCUGAGUACCUGGGACCGAGACAAAGGCUGGAGGAGGAGGAGGAGGAGGCUGAAGGCGGGGGGCUGGCCAGCCUUCGCCAAUUCCUGGAGGGCGGGGUUCUGGGGUCAGGUGGGGGACCCCCACGGGGUCCAGGCUUCUUCCGAGAGGAGAUCACCACCUUCAUUGACGAGACACCUCUGCCUUCUCCGACGGCCUCGCCGGGGCCCUCUCCUCGCCGGCCCAGGCCGCUGGGAGUCUCACCCCGCCGACUCUCCCUUGGGUCCCCUGAUAGCAGAGUCGUUGGACUUCCUUUGGGGCUAAGUGCAGGGCGACGCUGCUCCCUGACAGGAGGUGAGGGGAGUGCAAGAGCUUGGGGAGGAUCUUGGGACCCAGGUAACCCCAUCUUCUCCCAGCUGACCCUGUGAGCCCAGGUAGGCCUGCUGGACUCGGGGGUGGGGGGGCCUGGGUGCGUGACGCCUCGUUCUGUCCCUGACCCUGAGGCAGCUGCCUCCAGACUCUGGGGAGAUGGAACCCCUGCUGUCUCCCAUCCAAGUGACCAGAUGCCUGACUCACCUUCCAUCAUCCCUAGCAAAAUGUAUUAAAGUCUGAA